GGGUUUCGUUCGGGGUCCACAGUGCGUUUCCAGCAGCUUGGGACUGUGGUGGGCUCGGCUGGUUGGGUAGAAGGCGGUCUCUAACUGGGCAGAGAGAAGCAAGCCUGCAGCCAUCCUCAUUUCGUGAUACCGGCGGGGGAACAGGAACACGCGUGGUAGUUCAUCAGAGAUAUUACACAGCCUUAACCCUUCCUGGAUGCCUGGAGAAAUGGACCUAUGUCAUGCCGUUGUUGUAUCGAGCAUUUGUUGACUUUUGCCCUUUGAAGCGGCAGAACAAAUAGCCACUUCAGCGCUUACCGCGCCGGACCGCGGGGGUCUGUGUGGCCGUUUGGGGCUUUUGGGCCUCGGGAUGAUCACUGCGGCCAAAUGUUCUACCGUGUGCGCACUGUGCCGCGAUGGGCUGCCCUAUGGUGGCCAACCUGAACUCCCCCUCUGCCCGCCCCAUCACUGCUCGUCAUGCACAUCUAAACUUGGGGCAGCCCGCUAAAUACUUGCAAGAGCGGACCCAGCGAGUGACAGAUCAUCCUCACAAUCUCGAUUUCGCUGCAAACAACGUGCGACGGCCAGCGACACGAUUCCAUCAGGCACCUAUCCAGACUUUGAGAGAACCACAGGGCAUCUGACUGACAGCAGCCACGGUCGAAUCAACUCGAACCCAUCCAUCCCUCCACUGCUGCCCGUCGCUUGUCCAGUCGCGGUCGCAGCCGCAGUCGCAGUCGCACUCUUCCUCAACGGGCUCUCCGAUUUCGAAAGUGCAUGCAUACCUCACCUGGCAGCCCUAUCGAGAGCUUCAAAAAUCUGCACCUCGUCCCCUGCACUCGCCGCUGCCCUACCUCCGUACUCAAGACACCAGCUAUUUUCUGCGCCGCCAAAGUACUAGGGGGCCAAAUACAAAGAGGGGUGGGCUCUGAAUCUUGUCUUGUCCUUGAGCUUGACCACACCCGACAGACAGACGUAGCUUGGGCUCGACUCUUGCCAACCCCGCCAGCCGCGAGCCAGGAGACACGAGACACGAGCCACGAGCCUCUCUCCAACACAUACCCUUCCAUACGCAUUUGCUACACUGCAGACCACUGAAUACACUCUGCUUGCGCCAAUUAUGCUCGGUGUAUAUGGUGGGAACCAUGACAAUGGCGACGAAACACGACACGAUGCCGAGGAGCAGCGCGGCCGGUCAAGGCUCUCGCCGGGCUUGCACAUCCCAAAGAACCGAAGCACGGGAAACCUAGGGCAUAUGGGCGGUGAUAACUCUGAAAAGGCUCGAAUUCGAUUCUCGUUUGAUGCUGGGCCCUCUGCCACGGAAUAUGACACCAUCACAAGGAGCUCAAUCAUGACGGACCACGAUCACGGCUUGGGCCUGUCAGGGCUCAGGCGCAUCCGGCAGCAGCACAAUCCCGUUCGAGCUCCCACGAUGCCUUCCUCUGGAAGUCGGGCACCUUCUCUCAGCGCUCUCACCAGAUGCUCGUCCGUUUCAGUGCUGUCCGACAUGGGCAACACACCCAUCUCUCCUGGCCCAACUUCUCCUGCCUUUACUGAAGACCUGAACCGCUUUCCGUCCGAGUCGUUGCAUUCCUUUUCAUUUGCGCAUCAGUCUGAAGACCUUUUGCACAGCCGCCAAAAUGUCCUCAAAAAGUCCAUCGAGUUUAUGAAAGAUCGGAUGGGCUGGUCGGUCUCGACGAGCGCUGCCAUGGCCAGCGCGCAAGCUCGGGUCACUGGUGACGUGGAGAUGCAGAACAUGUUGGACCUCCUCGCGAAAGCCCAACUGGUAGGGGCUGGUAACAUUCCAAAUGGGGACCUUAGCAUCCCCACAGGUCCACUGAGUGGUCCUGCAACCAUGUCUGACGAGAAUGUGUUUGAUAAGGAGUUCAUCCCGAGGACUGAAAGCCCAGGUCCGAUCGAGAGAACGCCCUUGUUGUCCCCCUUGACCCUGGAACCUGCUGAGCUGAAGGAUGCGCCGGCUACUGCACCCCUCCCCAAAUCUCAGCUCCUCAUGGGAGGAGAGCCCGACUCUGAGAGCUCAUCGAGAACCCCCACCAACGAGAGCGGCACGACAGCAAAAACGCACACAACCGGGAAGACGACACCUCCACCUGCUAUUCGUCCGAACGUUGCGCUGAAGCGGACCAUGACCGACACUGUCCAGAUAUCGGUGCAGCAAAAGCUUAUGGACGCCAUGGCCCAGCCGUUCCUUGCCACCGAGCCGGUCCAAGCACAGCACAUCAUCUCGCGAAAAUCACCUCAGCAAGCCUUCACUCCCAUGAUCAACACAGCUACCUCGCUGCCGGGUGCGGCACAUGGCUCCACGAGAUGGGUACCUGCCGCCCAGGCCAUUUUCACCACAGAGUCGAAGCCACCAUGGACGAUUCUUGCCGCCAACGAUCUUGCCUGUUUGCUUUUUGGUGUGACCAAGGCCGAGGUCAGGAAGAUGGGUAUCUUGGAGGUGGUGCAGGAAGAAAGGCGGAACUGGCUGUCGCGAAAGCUGCAGGCGGGCGUGCACGACGAUGCGGGAGAUGGCUCUGAGAACGAUGCACCAUCACCGACGAAAGUAACCACGCCGACUAAGAGUCUGCUCGGUGCUCGCGGGGGUGGAAUCACGGCAAAACUCUUGAGCAAGCCCAAUUCGAGGACGCAGGCCCCCAAAACUGGCCGGCGACCUGCAACGAUCCACAACGGCGACCCUAAGCCACCAAAGCCGGGGCAUGCUCAUAACAACAGCAAGUCUAGGGGCGUGCUGCUGUGCGGAGACGUGGUCCCGAUCCAAAAGCGAAACGGCGCAACGGGUUCGGCCAGCUUGUGGGUGAAGGAGAAGAAGGUGGGCCUCAUCUGGGUCUUGGAGGAGAUCCACGAGGACGUUGCGUAUGUGGACGUUGACGAAGACGGCAACGUUGUCAAACUUUCCGGUGCGCUGGGCCCUAUUUGGGGAGACGAGACGAUCCAGCCUGGCCUGGACGUUGGGCGGUUGAUACCCCGUAUUCCGCGCCAAGGCUUUGACCCACGGUUCGGCGAGGUCGACUACUACGAGAUUACCAAAAAGAAGUACUACACCUGCCGCAACUGCGACAGAAUCAACAUUCCGGCCACAGUCGAGCAGGUCCGGGGGAAAACUGAACUGCGAGUGUCCAGUUUCCCCCACAUUGCCGGUAUCGUUGUGGUGGCCCCUCAGAGCUUGAAGAUCAAGAGCUCAAACUCUGUCUUUUGUGGCGCCCUUUUCGGUCACGAGAAGCCGGACGGGAUGUCUAUCAACAGCCUGGUGCCAAACUUUGACAGGAUCCUUCAGAUUCUGACGGACGAAGAUGGCAUUCACUUGGUUGAUGGCAUCGUGAUUCCGGAGCACUCCUUCAGGAAAGCAUCGGCCUUCCUUGCCCUCAGAGAGGGCCGGCCGGAUGCUGCAACGGGAUUUUUGCGGCCCGAAGGUCUUCCGGCCAAGCAUCGGGAUGGCUCCGAACUCAAAAUUGACAUUCAGAUGCGCGUGGUGAAGAGUGAAAACCAAACCACGAUCCACGAGGAGGUGGUCGAGGAGGGGAGCGAUGACGACUCUGCGUCCGGGGGAGCCAACGACAAAUUUGUGGUGCCACACACAGAGAUGGUUUAUGCUUUGUGGAUAACCUACUCUAGGCAUUUGCAUGCAUCCAGAACAAAUUUGGGAGUAUCGUCGCCGCUGCUCUCUGGCGCUGCCACCCCGCUUCACCAACCGUCACCUGGACAAACACCCGCGCAUACACCGGUGGAAAUGCAGUCGGAUUCCGACAAUGAGCCGCCAAAGGAGGAACAGACGGCCGCCUCCUCGCUGGCGAGACAGCUGAAGGACGCUGCUUACAACGCCGCUGCCAAAAUCACCGGGGGUGCCAUCAAGGGCACCGAGGCACCAAUGGAGCAGCAACAACCGGCGAUCGCGGCUGAUGCCAAGUCGGAAGCAAAGAAGAAGUCGAUCGACGACUUUGUCAUCCUCGAGGAAAUGGGACAAGGCGCCUACGGCCAAGUCAAGCUGGCCCGUUAUCGCAACAGCGGCAAGCGCAGCAUUCUCAAAUAUGUUACCAAGAGGCGCAUUCUGGUCGACACGUGGACGCGAGACAGACGACUGGGUACUGUCCCGCUGGAGAUCCACGUGCUGGACUACCUGCGUCGCGACGGCUUCAAGCACCCCAACAUUGUCGAGAUGGAGGACUUUUUCGAGGACGAAGUGAAUUACUACAUUGAGAUGGUGCCGCACGGCUUGCCGGGGAUGGAUCUUUUCGACUACAUUGAGCUUCGCGCCAACAUGGAGGAGCAAGAGUGCCGGAGCAUCUUUGUUCAGGUCGCGAGAGCGAUUCAGCACCUGCACACCAAGGCGCUGGUGGUGCACCGGGAUAUCAAGGACGAGAAUGUCAUCUUGGAUGGGGAGGGAAGGAUCAAGCUGAUUGAUUUUGGGAGCGCGGCGUAUAUCAAGAGCGGGCCGUUUGAUGUUUUUGUGGGCACGAUUGACUACGCAGCCCCAGAAGUUCUGGCUGGCAGGCCCUACGGCGGCAAAGAGCAGGAUGUAUGGGCGUUGGGCAUUCUGCUCUACACCAUCAUCUACAAGGAGAACCCGUUCUACAGCAUUGAUGAGAUUAUGGACCGGGACCUGAGGGUGCCGUAUACCAUCAGUGACGACAGCAUUGAUCUCAUUCGGAAGAUGCUGGAUCGGAACGUGGAGCAGAGACUGGAUAUCGAGCAGGUGUUGGCGCAUCCUUGGUGUAGGAUGAUGGAGUAGAUGGGGGGUUUGGAUGAAGAGAGUGAUAGAGAGGAGGAAAAGAGGUGGUGGCGUGAUGAUACCCCGAGGUUUUUAGGAAGGAGGAUAAAAAUGGACAGUGACAGAGAGAUGCUAUUAGCCGGGGGGGUGGGGGGGGUGGUGGUUGGUUGUGGAUUAAAACAAACAAAAGCUGAAGCGUUUUUCUUUCUUUGUUUCUUGUGCUGCUGUGGGUGGUUAAAGGGAAUCGUGGAUGCAUGGUUUAUGGCGUAUAUGAUUAUUGAGAUGAGUAAAGAUGAUGAGGGGUAUGAAAAUUGAUGGGUUGGGUGGUAUAUUUCUUUGUGUUUCUUUUGUGGUGUUAAGAGACGAAGAGAUGUGGGGUUAGAGGAGGAGAUUGAGACCGAGAAAAGAGAGAGAGAGAGAGAGAGUGUGUGUAUGAUGCUGAUGAUGAUGGGAGAGCCACAUUAUAUUUUCCACCACCUCUGUUGUUGUCAUGGGAGUAAAGUCUGGUAUACAUUAUUUUUCUUUAGUCAAUCGAGAAGUU